CGUUACAUCCAUCUCCCCCAGCUGUCUCCCCCCCCUCUCUCCCCACAUCAGAACCCAGAAAAAAGAAGCAAACCUAAUACCUAAUACCACUGCCGAACACACCCAUCCACCGUGCUACCCCCUUCUUCCAAUCCUCCAUGCCAUGAGUAUCCGGCGGGGUACUCAAUCCUCCUCCGACGACCCCGACUCGGAGCCCUACAACAUCAUCCCCGUCCACGACCUCCUCGCCGACCACCCGUCCCUCCGUUUCCCAGAGGUACGCGCCGCCGCCGCCUCUCUACGCGCCGUUGGCAACCUCCGCCGUCCCCCUUACGCUCAAUGGCAGCCCCACAUGGACCUCCUCGACUGGCUCGCCCUCUUCUUCGGCUUCCAGUACGACAACGUCCGCAACCAGCGCGAGCACAUCGUCCUCCACCUCGCCAACGCUCAGAUGCGCCUCAACCCUCCCCCGGACAACAUCGACACACUGGACGGUGCCGUUUUGAGGAAGUUCCGGAAGAAGCUGCUCAAGAACUACACCAGCUGGUGCUCCUAUUUGGGGAAGAAGUCCAAUAUCUGGAUCUCCGACCGGAGGCGUGAUGCUGCCGCCGACCAGCGCCGGGAGCUGCUGUACGUGUCACUGUACCUGCUGAUCUGGGGCGAGGCGGCGAAUCUGAGGUUUGUCCCUGAGUGCUUGUGCUUUAUUUUUCAUAACAUGGCCAUGGAAUUGAACAAGAUCUUGGAGGAUUAUAUUGAUGAGCAGACGGGUCAGCCCGUGAUGCCGUCGACUUCGGGGGAGAAUGCGUUCUUGAAUAGUGUUGUGAAACCCAUUUACGAGACGAUUCGAGCCGAGGUGGAGAGCAGCAGGAAUGGGACUGCCCCUCAUAGUGUGUGGAGGAACUAUGAUGAUAUCAAUGAGUAUUUCUGGAGUAAGAGGUGUUUUGACAAGCUCAGUUGGCCUGUUGAUGUUGGGAGCAACUUUUUUGUUACUUCUAGUAGGAGUAGGCAUGUGGGGAAGACUGGGUUUGUGGAGCAGAGGUCCUUUUGGAACUUGUUUCGGAGCUUCGACAAGCUCUGGAUCAUGUUGUUUAUGUUCCUCCAGGCGGCUAUUAUUGUUGCUUGGGAGGAGAGGGAGUUUCCGUGGCAGGCGUUGGAGGAGAGGGAAGUGCAGGUCAAGGUUUUGACUGUGUUUUUCACUUGGGCUGGUUUGAGGUUUUUACAGUCGUUGCUUGAUGUGGGAAUGCAGUAUAGUCUGGUUUCGAGGGAGACUUUGGGGCUCGGAGUGAGGAUGGUGUUGAAGAGCAUAGUUGCUGCCCUGUGGAUUGUCAUUUUUGGUGUGUUCUAUGGGAGGAUAUGGACGCAGAGAAAUCAGGACGGGAGGUGGUCCACCGAGGCAAAUAAUCGGGUGGUGAAUUUUCUUACGGUUGCAUUGGUUUUCAUCCUACCAGAGCUUUUGGCUUUGGUCCUCUUUAUUAUUCCUUGGGUUCGGAAUUUUCUUGAGAACACAAACUGGAAGAUAUUUUACAUGUUAUCGUGGUGGUUUCAGAGCAGGACUUUUGUUGGCCGUGGCUUGAGAGAAGGACUUGUGGACAAUAUAAAGUACACUUUGUUCUGGAUUUUCGUGCUUGCUACGAAAUUUUCUUUCAGCUACUUCAUGCAGAUUAAACCCCUGAUUCGCCCGUCAAAAGAACUCAUAAAACUUAAGAAUGUGAACUAUGAGUGGCAUCAGUUUUUUGGCAACAGCAACAAAUUUGCAGUGGGAUUGCUGUGGCUUCCAGUCGUUUUGAUAUACCUCAUGGAUUUGCAGCUGUUCUAUUCGAUUUACUCCUCUCUUGUGGGGGCAGGAGUGGGCUUGUUUGCACAUUUGGGCGAGAUACGAAAUAUCGGGCAAUUGAGGCUGAGAUUCCAGUUCUUUGCAAGUGCAAUUCAGUUUAAUCUCAUGCCAGAAGAGCAACUGUUAAAUGCAAGGGGAACUCUGAGGAGUAAGUUUAAUGACGCCAUCCACCGGUUGAAACUGAGGUAUGGGCUUGGACGGCCUUAUAAGAAGCUUGAAUCCAACCAGGUUGAGGCAACCAGGUUUGCUUUGAUAUGGAAUGAGAUCAUUUUGAUCUUCAGGGAAGAAGAUAUAAUUUCUGACAGCGAGCUUGAGCUGUUAGAGCUGCCACAAAAUUCUUGGAAUAUCAGGGUUAUUCGGUGGCCUUGUUUUCUUCUUUGCAAUGAACUGCUGCUGGCACUUAGUCAGGCCAAAGAGUUAGUAGAUGCUCCUGAUAAGUGGCUCUGGUAUAAGGUAUGCAAGAAUGAGUACAGGCGCUGCGCUGUUAUAGAAGCUUAUGCUUGCAUCAAGCACUUGCUACUUGACAUCAUCAAACGCAACACAGAAGAACAUUCCAUUAUGACAGUCUUGUUUCAGGAAAUUGAUCACUCUCUUGAGAUUGAGAAGUUCACGAAAACAUUUAAAACGACGGCGCUUCCAGAGCUGCAUGCCAAGUUGAUCAAACUUGUUGAGCUUUUUAAAAAGCCCAAGCAAGACACAAACCAGGUGGUAAAUACUCUGCAGGCCCUUUAUGAGAUUGCCAUUCGAGAUUUUUUCAAGGAAAAAAGAAGUACUGAGCAGCUGAUGGAGGAUGGUUUGGCUCCUCGUAAUCCAGGUUCUGCUGCAGGGCUGCUUUUUGAAAAUGCUGUUGAGUCGCCUGAUCCUAACAAUGUAUUCUUCUAUAGGCAGGUUAGGCGCUUGCACACAAUACUUACCUCUCGGGACUCAAUGCAGAAUAUCCCAGUUAACCUUGAGGCAAGACGCAGAAUUGCCUUCUUCAGUAACUCCUUGUUUAUGAACAUGCCCCAUGCACCUCAAGUUGAGAAAAUGAUGGCGUUCAGUGUGCUGACCCCGUACUACAGUGAAGAAGUAUUGUACAACAAAGAACAACUCCGUACGGAGAAUGAAGAUGGGGUUUCUACCCUGUAUUAUUUACAGACAAUUUAUGUUGACGAGUGGAAAAAUUUUAUGGAGAGGAUGCGCAGAGAAGGAAUGGGGAGUGAUGAUGAAAUAUGGUCAACUAAGUUGAGAGAACUGAGGCUUUGGGCAUCUUACAGAGGCCAAACACUUACUAGGACCGUAAGGGGAAUGAUGUACUACUAUCGGGCUCUGAAGAUGUUGGCUUUUCUGGAUUCUGCAUCUGAGAUGGACAUUCGGGAAGGAUCACAAGAACCUAGUUCCGCUAUGCAAGACAUUGGCUUGGACAGAUUGACUUCUGAGAGGUCACCUUCUUCCCGAAGUUUAACUAGAACAAGCAGUUGUGUGGACUCAUUGUACAAAGGGCAUGAAUAUGGAACUGCUUUGAUGAAAUUUACAUAUGUGGUUGCAUGCCAGAUAUAUGGAACACAAAAAGUGAAAAAAGAUCCCCAUGCUGAUGAAAUUUUGUAUUUGAUGAAAACCAACGAAGCACUUCGAGUUGCCUAUCUUGAUGAGGUUUCAACUCGCAGGAAUGAGAAGGAGUACUAUUCUGUUCUUGUGAAGUAUGAUCAGAAAUUAGAGAAGGAGGUGGAAAUCUACCGCAUAAAGUUGCCUGGUCCAAUGAAGCUCGGAGAGGGAAAACCAGAGAAUCAAAAUCAUGCCAUUAUCUUCACUCGUGGUGACGCAGUUCAGACGAUUGAUAUGAACCAAGACAAUUAUUUUGAGGAGGCACUCAAAAUGCGGAAUCUAUUGGAAGAGUACAGGCGCUAUUAUGGCAUCCGGAAGCCUACCAUCUUGGGAGUCAGAGAGCAUAUUUUUACUGGUUCCGUCUCAUCACUUGCCUGGUUUAUGUCAGCUCAAGAAACAAGUUUUGUCACCUUGGGGCAACGGGUGUUGGCGAACCCCUUGAAAAUUAGAAUGCAUUAUGGUCAUCCAGAUGUGUUUGACAGAUUUUGGUUCUUGACUCGAGGUGGCAUCAGUAAAGCUUCCAGGGUCAUUAACAUCAGUGAAGACAUUUUUGCUGGCUUUAAUUGCACGUUGCGGGGUGGAAAUGUCACACACCAUGAAUAUAUUCAAGUCGGCAAGGGAAGGGAUGUUGGAUUCAAUCAAAUUUCCAUGUUUGAGGCCAAGGUUGCUAGUGGGAACGGGGAGCAAAUUCUCAGCAGAGAUGUCUAUAGAUUGGGUCACAGGCUGGAUUUCUUGCGGAUGCUAUCAUUCUUUUACACUACAGUGGGAUUCUUUUUUAAUACAAUGGUGGUUGUUCUUACUGUGUAUACAUUUCUAUGGGGCCGGCUUUAUCUGGCUCUUAGUGGUCUUGAAGGUUCUAUAUUGGGAAAUGAUUCUACUAACAGAGCACUUGCUACAGUCUUGAAUCAGCAGUUCAUUAUCCAACUUGGUGUGUUCACUGCCCUUCCAAUGAUAGUGGAGAAUUCCCUUGAACAUGGAUUCCUUCAUGCUAUUUGGGAUUUCUUGACGAUGCAGCUCCAGCUUUCAUCAGUUUUCUACACAUUCUCAAUGGGAACUCGUACCCACUUUUUUGGGCGAACUAUUCUUCAUGGUGGUGCAAAGUAUCGUGCAACUGGACGUGGCUUUGUUGUGCAGCACAAGAGUUUUGCAGAGAAUUAUAGGCUCUAUGCUCGUAGUCAUUUUGUGAAAGCAAUUGAACUAGGGUUGAUACUUAUUGUUUAUGCAUCGCAUAGUCCUGUAGCUAAGGACACUUUUAUUUACAUAGGCAUGACCAUCACGAGUUGGUUCCUGGUCGUGUCAUGGUUAUUGGCCCCCUUCGUUUUCAAUCCUUCUGGCUUUGAUUGGUUGAAGACUGUAGAUGACUUUGAUGACUUCAUGACCUGGAUUUGGUAUCGUGGCAGUGUCUUUGCAAAAGCUGAACAGAGCUGGGAAAGAUGGUGGUAUGAGGAGCAAGAUCAUCUAAGGACCACUGGCCUCUGGGGAAAGUUUCUAGAGAUAAUUUUAGACCUGCGCUUCUUCUUUUUCCAAUAUGGGAUUGUAUACCAGCUUGGUAUUGCUGCUGGAAGUACCAGUAUUGCUGUUUACUUGUUGUCUUGGAUCUAUGUGUUUGUGGCUUUUGGCAUUUUUGUGGUGAUAGCAUAUGCUCGGGACAGAUAUGCCUCAAAAGAUCACAUUUACUAUCGGCUGGUGCAAUUUCUUGUCAUAAAACUUGGAUUACUUGUUAUGAUUGCCCUGCUGGAAUUCACUGAGUUCAAGUUCAUAGAUAUUUUCACUAGUCUUCUGGCAUUCGUUCCGACUGGAUGGGGAUUGGUGUUGAUAGCACAAGUAUUUCGGCCCUGUCUACAGCGCACUAUACUCUGGGCAGCGGUUGUUUCUGUGGCUCGACUGUAUGAUAUAUUGUUUGGGGUGAUUGUAAUGACACCUGUGGCAGUAUUAUCAUGGUUUCCUGGUUUUCAGUCUAUGCAGACUAGGAUAUUGUUUAAUGAAGCAUUCAGCCGGGGCCUUCGUAUAUUCCAGAUUGUUACGGGAAAAAGGUCCAAGUCAGAUAAGUUUUGAUGUGAGCACGAGAUGUAGAAAAUCUCGACAAGUUGAGGAGUUGGAUUAUGGUUUAGACUUGUUGGGGGCUCUUAUGUGUGUUUCAAGGAGGUAUGAUUUAUUUAACGUUCACGGAGGAGCGGAGGAUUCCCUUUGUUCUUUGAUGCUGGCUUCAUCUUCCCUGUUACUUGUGUAAUUAGUAAAUUUUGUCAUAGAUACCAUCAAUCUCCGGUUAGGGGGAGCUUUUGCUUUUAGUGUUAUUUGCAGUUACCCUCCCGCAUCUCCGACGGUGCAACUUUUUGCGUUGUGUCUAUAUUGAGUAUUGUUUUCUGUGGUAGCUUCUCCAGAUGGUCACAACAUUUUUUAUUCUUUUGUGAGAAAUGCAGCUCUUUUCUUCA